AUGGCAUCAUCAUCACAAUCUUUUCAAAUCUCCGAAUCUGAUUCUUCAGAAAAUUCGUCAGAUUCUGAUCGGGAGACGAAGCCCGAUGCUACUGGUUGUAUGGGGUGCACCCCUAUACAGAAGAUGAAAGCAGCAAUACGUAUACUUGCCUAUGGAAUUUCAGCAGAUCUUUGUAAUGAGUACAUAAAGGUUGGAGAGCGCACUGCGAUCGAAAGCUUGAAGAGAUUUUGUGAUGCUGCAAUUGCAUUGCAUACGGAGCAGUACCCUAAGUGGGCAACUUUGAUUCAAACCAUCCCGCGCCCAACUACUGAAAAAGAGAAAUUGUUUGCUCAAAGACAAGAAGCCGUUAGGAAGGAUGUUGAACGGGCAUUUGGUGUGUUGCAAAUAAGGUGGGCUAUAACGCAUGGACCAGUAUAUUAUUGGAAGAAAGAAGACCUGAGCAAGAUAAUGAGAACGUACAUCAUAUUGCACAACAUGAUCAUAGAAGACGAGGGCGACACUAACAUUUUGGAAUGGACACCUCCAACGGAUGAGUCGGUCUACCUUUCACAGUACAAUCAAGACCGAUCAUUUUUGGCAGCACACAUCUCCACUCGCCUCAGCAGGAUUCGCAAUGUAGAAAACAAUGAAGAUCUCAGGAGAGAUCUUAUGGAGUAUUUGUGGAAUAAAUUUGGCAAUGAAGAGGUUUAA